GCGACCUCGACAAAAUGAAGGUUUGGAGAUUGCGCAGCGACCCCAGAGGCACAGAUAAACUCAAUGUGCCGCAGGGGCAUCUCCCUCAUACGAUCAUCAUUCUUAUCAUAUCCGAACAACCACUGCUAUCAUCGAUACUGGGACAAUCAAUUCAGUGAGGAUUCAGCGGAAAAUUCUCGAAAAUAUACUAGCAAUAUAUUGGCGAAUCACAAGAAUAUACUGCCGUGCGUCGAAUGGAUUUGACUGAUUAGGAUCAGUGACUCGCUAUACUUUUACAAUGGAGGAAGAACCAAUGCAGAGAGACGAUCAGGCUAGAAUCUCUGACUUUGCGAUGGACGUGGAUACCGAGACACCCGUGCAAGCAUCCGCAUCCCUGAGCAGCGCACUGCCGCCAGACAAAUCAGUGCACGAUCCCGCUCAGUACCUGUACCAGGAAAACUUCACAGCAAUCAUGCGCUACCUGGACACGUUUGAGAUUGCACAGAUGGAAAGCGUGAGUCGACUGUGGAGAGACUAUAUCAAGAACACACCCGAGCUGUGGCGCAGACUCGAUCUGAGACGAGCCAAAGAACCAGUUCCCUUCAGCUUUGUCGAGAUGAUGGUCAAGCGAGCUGGCGACGCUCUUGCGGAGGUUUAUCUACACAAUCUAUCAGUGGACGGGACCAGGAAAUCCUUGGAGCUGAUUUUAAGAUGCGCCGAUUACAAAGACGAAGACGAGAUGAGGGAGUUUACGAUCUUUCAAAGCCGACUGCGCAAGCUGUUUGUGGAGGGCUAUACCAAGAUCCUAGAGCUACCCUCUGACGCGUACUCGCCUACGACUUGGUCAGUGUUUGAUGGACUGCGGGAGGUUCAGUUUACGCUUGACGACAUGUCGUCGUUCAUGAGUCUUUUUCUAGAAGGCAAGUUUCCGAACAUCACGCACCUCACUUUCUAUUCGGGACAGUCGAAUACCUCUGUCGACCAACGCGUGACGUAUAAGCUUGACUUUCUUCUACCGGCAUCCAACCAAGACUUCAAGACGUUUCCCCGAGUGAAGAGUCUGUGCCUAGGCGGACGAUCUAUCAUGUCGCCGCCGGAACGUGCGCGAUAUGCCGAUAUAGGCGCGCGUACAGUCCAGCGUCUAGUGUGGCUCUUCCCGGGGUUGACCACGUUCACUAUGACGAACAUCGUGCUUGCGCGCAACCGCGACCUCAACUUUGAGACUCUGGAUCCGCCUAAUACGUUCAGACUGGAUUUCAGAGGCUGCUCGAAGCUGAAGGAGUUCAACAUCAGCGGAAGUACGCUGAGUGCGUUGAGCACGUUUCCUAUAUUACCGUCAUCGGUUGAGAAAUUGGCGGUGAAUAAAUGCAGUGGUGGUGCAGUACCAAGGACAGUGAUGAUCGAAAAUGGAGUACCCCAGUACGUCCAUAGAGUGGAAACGGAGUGGAUGCCCGUGAUAGUAGAUGAGUACAAAAAUCUAUCUGAGAUCGAUUUGGGCGGAGUCGGUAUCUCUGGGGCGGAACUUGUUGAUUUUCUGUGGCGAUGUGAUCCAAACAAAGUGCAUACGCUCUCUAUUGAUUAUUGCUACGAUCUCAAGUUCCAGACGAAGGAUAGAUACCGGCGCAGCGAUACGUCUACAUUUGCGCUUUUGGCCGGUUCACAUUAUGUGAGGAGCAGGUUUGCGCAGGAACGGUGGGAUAAGCAGCUUUUGAUUACAAUGAUUGUCGAUUUGGUUCCACAUCUGAAGCGGUUGCGGAUUGGACUGAACAUCAACGUUGACGAUGUUACAAUCCGAGAGCUGGCGCAAUUAAGGGAGCUCGAGUAUUUGGACCUGUCGGGCACGCUUGUGAAUACCGAAAGCCUGCUGCUGUUGAUUGCAAGCACGACUGCGGACAGUCGGAUAGUGAGGUCGCGGCUCAAAGAGGCUUAUACGAGGAGGAAGAGGUAUGAGAGAGAGCUCAGGAGACGCAGGCUCAAAAUGCCCGAAAGCAGAAUACCGGAAUUUGUUCCGUGGGAAGUCAUGGGUCGGAUGAGUCCCUUGAAGACGCUGGUGCUCAACAAUUGCGACGAACUACGAAAGGCAGAUGAGCUGGAGAUGAUUAGCAGGAUUUUCAAUAUCAACGUGAAAUGCAACGGGAAAUGGUACAAGGCGGAUAUGGUGCAGCCAGAAGCGGAAGCCACCAGACGCCUGCGAGGAUAUUUCGAGCGCCACAUGAGCAAUCUCCUGCACGAUCAUACUUUCACCUUGGAGGGCAACGAGAUGCUUGUGGAAGAGGAGUGGAGAGAGUUCCGGGAAGGCGGACACGUCAUAGCGCAAGACGAUCUUGCGGUGGUGGAGGAUGACUACGAGUAUUUGGCCAGCUUUAGAUUCUGAGCUGACGCGUCUCCCACGAGGCGAGCCCCGCGGACGUCGCUGAUAAUAAAUACAACUCAAUCGGUC